CUGGUGCGAUGGCAACUCCUUCCGAUUUUCCUCCUUCUCCGCCCGAUGAUAAAUCCCCGAUUCCAGAGGUUGUUACAACGCCUUCGCCUACUCCUCCUACAACUGAGGCUCAGCAAGCCAGCAUCGCUCAAGAAACUCCUAAGCAGCAGGACUCUCCCCCCUCCGUCUUUAAGAACUCUGAACCAUUACGGGAGGAUCAGAUUCAGAACGCCAUCAAGUUCCUUUCUCACCCCAGAGUUAGAGGAUCCCCUGUCAUACACAGAAGGUCCUUUCUCGAGAGGAAAGGCCUCACCAAGGAAGAGAUUGACGAAGCUUUCCGCCGUGUCCCUGACCCAUCACCAAGUUCGCAGCCAACGGUUAGCACUCAAGAUGGACAGAAAGCAGUGUCUAAUGUUCAGCCACAAGGGCAGGUACAAGCCAUGCAGCCUGCUCCCGUUGUUAUGGUUCCACCUCCGAGUUUGCUCUCCCGCUUUCGCUGGUACCAUGCUGCUCUUGCUGUCGGAGUUUUAGCUGCUUCUGGUGCCGGAACUGCUGUUUUUGUCAAGAAAUCUCUCAUCCCCAGAAUAAAAUCGUGGGUCCGCAGAAUCAUGUUGGAAGAAGAAACUGAUCCUCUGAAGAAAGCUGAUGCAAAACCUAGCUUAGCUGAAGAAGCUGUAGCUGCAGCCAAAGCUGCUUCGGCGGCUGCUUCUGAUGUAGCCAGGGUUAGUCAGGAAUUGAUGAUAACGAAGAGUGAAGAGAGGAAAUAUUUUGAGGACUUAACGCGCCUGUUAGGCGUCCAAGUACAAGAAAUGAAGUCUUUGAGCAAUAAUAUCCGUAAUCUCGAAGGGAAUUACAACAACCUCCCCAAGGUUUAUUCAGCUGACCAAGAGGUUUAUGGUGGUGGUUUGGUCAAAACUUCUGCAGAAAGGAGAUCCUAUGCAAAUGGCAGCAACAUUGAUUAUGACACGCGCUCAGCACGGUCUGCUUCUCCUCCUCCUGCGCCACCAGCUGAUUCUUCUAUGCCCCCUCAUCCGAAGUCAUACAUGGAUAUAAUGUCUAUGAUCCAGAGAGGAGAGAAGCCUUCUAACAUUCGAGAGAUUAACGACAUGCCACCAAAUCCAAACCAGCAGCUUUCAAAUUCUCGCAUCGCUCCUAAAACUAAGCCAUGGGACUAUGGCCAAGCGCCGCAAGAAGAGAAUGCGAACGGUCCAUGGUGGCAACAGAAAAAUCCUAGAUCCACGGAUUUUGGCUAUGAGACAACAGCGUCCAGGUCCAUCGGUAUCCCAAAUGAAACAAACACAAUGGAACCAGCAGCUCUCCCGAGGCAGCGAUCAUGGGUUCCUCCACAACCACCUCCAGUUGUUAUGACAGAAGCAGCCGAGGCCAUUCGGCUACCUAAGCCACAAGCUAAGAUAGACCAAGAAGCAGCUGCCAGUGAUGAUCAGUCAGGUGUGAGCGACGAGUUACAGAAGAUCAAUAAGUUCUCUGAAACUGGUGGUGAUGGAUCAGGAAACUUGCAGAUCACAGAGAUCCAAGAAGAAAGAGAGCAGCAACAAUUCAGCCAAGAAGGGAACUAAAAUGAUAUUUGUGUUUCUUGAUACAAAAAAAUACAUUUCCUAUGGUACGUUAUGUGGGGUUUGCUUGUAAGAGAACAUGUACUUAGGUGUUGGGAUUUGCCACCUACCUCAAUUUAAUAAUAGUUAUUAGAAGGAAACAA